AUGGCCACGUUCCCAGUGUGGCCAUACCACGUGGUUUGUGACGUCAUUUUGGCUAGCACGCUAAGUAGAAAUUUGUCAACAUUGGCCCCGCUUAGAAAUUUCAAAUCCACGCACUUCUUCUAUACAACCUCGAAAAAGAAUGUGUACAAACUCGUUGGUCAAUAUAACGUCGAUGGCAAAGGUGAAGAUGAACCAAACAUCAAGAGCUAUUCCGAUAUUCGUGACCACGAGUUUGACAACCCGGGGAGACUGCGCGUGAAACCGAAGGCAAAAGAGGCCAAAAUGGACUCGAGUCGAAAUGCCGUUGCCAGGGAAACUUUAGGUGUACGGUGGGACUGUGCGAGGAGAAACGAAAGCAAGUUAUUGCCUACGUACAGAAUUGGACUAGACAUAGAAGAAAUUGGAUAAGAAACCGCCUUUCUGAAGAAUUCCGUGUUUUAGUAGCUUGACUUGAGCGAGAUAUAAAUAAUUAUUCAUGUGCAUAGUGUGUUAUUUUUUUCCCGUAUUUAAGUUAAUUGUGUCGUGUUGUGAGAAAACUAGGCAUAAUGCUUGUGCGCAAAUUU